AUGUCAUCCUCGAGUACACGACCGCCAGCUCGGCGAGGGCCUUCGGGUGCCUGGGGCCGACUUCGCCAACCGCAGAUUGACCCUCUGGAAGUCUACGGUCUGCCCUCGAAGGGCGAGACAAGAUUGGCAGACCUCAAGACGCAAGAGACAUACUUUGAACGCAUCGUGGCCCGCUACAUGAAGUUCUGCGCCUCUCACCCCAGCGGCGAAACACUCGAGGCCGCCUUCCACAACCUCGACAUCAACUCUGCUUCUACGCCUUCCACACCGCUCCCUCCCAAUGCAGCAAAACCACAACCUCACUCUGCCACUCAACAACCUCCACAAGAAAUGUCUACAAUCCUCAUGGCCAUGCGCAAAAUCCGCGAAGCCCUCGUGUCCUGCCAUCGCGUCGAUGCCUUCGCGCAAAGAGUCUACACCUUCCAAAUCCGCGCCGCAAUCCUCUGCCGGCACCUCGAGACCUACCAUCCAGCACUACAAUACCUACUCCACAAGAUCCAUCCACGGACGCCUCUGUCGCGACCCGAGUUGCAAGAGUUUGCGAGUUAUCUGAUUCUAGAUCUUGCGUGCAGGCAAGGUGAAUUUGUGGAUGCCUAUCGCCUGCGAAAGGGAUAUGGGAUCAGAGAUCGGAAAUUGGAUUCUGUGCUGAAGGCGUUGGUGCACGAUGAUUGGGUCUUGUUCUGGCGAACGAGGAGGGUGGUGGAUGGAUACCAGAGGUGUUUGAUGAGUUGGGCCGAGGAUGGCGUGAGGUUGCAUGCCUUGAAGUGCCUGGGCAGGAGUUAUAUGAUGGUGGACAAGGCCUUUGUGGAGAGAAGCGCUGAGAGAGGGUGGGAUGAGUUGGUUGAACGGGACAAGGUCGGGUGGAUCCUGAGGGAUGACGGAGUGGUAGUUAUCAGGAAACCCAAGGGGACUUGA